UUCAACGUAAUGCCUUUCGGCCUAACGAACGCACCCGCAACGUUCCAACGACUCAUGGAUACUGUUUACUCUGGUUUGGCAUGGACCUUCCUUACGGAAACGAACGACCUAUAGCGUACGCAAGCAGAGGAUUAUCACCCGCCGAACAAAACUAUGCCGCUCACGAGAUGGAAUGUUUAGCCGUCGUAUGGGCAGUGAAGUACUUCCGACAAUAUUUGUUAGAACAAAAAUUCGACCUAAUAACCGACCAUGUUGGAUUAAAAUGGUUAAUAACAAAAUCAAAUCCAACUGGAAGAACAAUGCGUUGGAUUACCAUACUUCAAGAAUAUGAUUUUGAGAUCAUCUACAAACCCG